AUGUCCCCACACCUCUCUGAAGAUGACAUCGAUGAUCUUUUGUACAUGGCUCGUGCCGGCGAGGAAGGGGAAUUCCGCGCCUUGAAGGCGGAAUUAUGCCAGAGGGAAAACAUUGCGGUACUUGAACUGCUGGAGUUGGCGCGGGAUGAAGGGAGUGGGAAUGGGGUUCUCCAUAUGGCGGCAGCGAAUGGACAUGCCGGCCUCAUACAAGAACUUUGCAAAGACCUCUCAGAUCCCUCUCCCCAAAACCCGCCUAUGCUAGCCAUAAUCAACGGACAAAAUACUGCCGGGAAUACUGCCCUACAUUGGGCUGCGCUAAACGGACAUUUGGAGUCCGUGAAGGUGCUUCUGGAGCAGGGGUCGGAUCCCACAAUCACCAACCAGAGAGGACACGAUGCUGUGUAUGAAGCGGAGUUGAAUGAUAAGAAAGAAGUUGUUGAAUGGGUCCUUACGGAGGGAGGGGAGGGGUUGGAAGAAGCGGUUGGCGGGGAUACUGGUGAUGGUGAUGAAACAAGUCCUGAGGAAAACAUGGAAACGGAGCAAAAUCCCGGCGCAGAGGAGGUGGAGAUUUCAACAAAGCUACGAGAAGAACUGGGGAAAAUUGGCAUCCAAGAGCCUACCUCGAAUACUUGA